CUAUUCUCUCUCUCUCUCUUCAAAACCCAACAAACAAACCCAUCAUUCUCUCAACAACCAAACCCCAUCUCUCUCUCUCUCUCUCUCUCUCUCUCUCUCUCUCACAAUGGAGGAUGAACGAGAGACUACAUCUCUGAGGCACAGGCGGAGGAAGGGCACAAUGAGCCUCUCUUGCUGUUUCCAAGGCCACAGCCGCCGAUUCGAAUCCUACGACUCUUCCUUGUCCUCCCCAGACGUCAACAAAUCGAGCCCCGUGCUCCGAUCCCCAUCGUCCUGGUUCAGAUCCAAGCCCGAGUUCCCGGACACCAAGGGCCGGUGCCGGAACCUCAUCUCCCGUAUGGGCCGCCCCGCUCGCCGCCACUCCGCAGAUUUCAGUUACGAUCCACUGAGCUACGCCCUCAAUUUCGACGACGGCUUAUCUGAGGACGCUCACCUCGAAGAUUUCUCCGCCAGGUUGCCGAUGUCGCCGCCGCGCCGGAGGGCAUCGGCCCCGAGGCUUAAGAACCUCGAGUUGCCGGAAUCGGCGGCUAGAAAAGGCAUUGAGAGUCCCACGGCGGCGGAGAGGAAGACCGUUGAGCGGCCACCGCCGGUGUCGCGAGAGAUUUCGGUGGAAUAAUAGUGGGUUCGUUCAUGCUUUCGAUUAUGACGUGUUUGGUUCUUUUUUUUUAAAAAAAAUUUAUUUUAAAUUUUAUUUAUGUAUGCAAGUGUAUAUAUUGGGUCAUAAUAUUAUAAUUGUGGAUAGUUGUGGAUGUUGGUUAA